GUUUGAUCUUCCAAUUCCUUAUCUCAGAUCUCUUGUUUCUGCUCUUAUACUCUAUAGUUCUUCUCUAGAUUUCCCAAAUACUAUAGAUCACUAAACUGUGUUUAGUGACUAUAGAUUAGCACUUAUCUAUAGUAUUUGGUUUUCCGUUGUCUAUGCCGGUUGUGGUUCAUAUUUUGUUGCACACUCUGACUCUUGAAUCAAAAAAUUCGUAAAUAUAAGCACGAUUUUUGAAUAUUGUAUUAAUAUAUUUAUUAAUUACUUAAUAUUUAAUUGGCAAUUACUUAUUACAAUUUUUAGUAUCGUUAUUUUUCAUUUAAACUUAAUUGUUUGAUGUAAUUAGUACCUAUAUUUUAUACAAAUUAUAUUAUUUAUUGCACAAUGAGCGAAGGACACAAGCCUUACACACCUGGAUGGAAUGACCCACCUUCAUAUUCAUUUGAAGAUACAGUGAGUGCUCAACAUGAAAAUCGACCUAAAAUUUUUGAUAGAAUACCUGCACGAGUUUUGCCAAAAGCUCCAAGCGAGCAGUUUAAUUUAGAAAAUAAACAAAUACCCUUAGACAAUGAGAUAGUUUCUAAUGAACAUUGCAAUGAUACUACGACAACCCCUGUAGUUUCAUCAUCAAUAUGUGACAUUCCUGUGGAAGAUCGCUUAUCAUUUGUGAUGUCAUCUCUAAAUGAUUCAAUUGAAAAAUCAACAUUACCAAAUUCGAAGAAAGUGGAUAUAAGUAAACGAUUGUCAAGAUUGGAAAUCAGUUGGAAAGAUACUCAAUUUACAGACAUAAUACAACAAAAAACUAUUGCAUUAGUAAAAGCAAUAAACAUCAAUGAUUAUGUUGAAGCAAAUAGAUUACAAAUGGCAUUAAUGGUUGACCACACACGUCAAUGCAAUACUUGGAUACCAGCUAUUCGACAACUAAUUAAUCAGCACACAUAAAUUUAUACUCAAUAAAUGUAUAUUUUUAAUUUCUAUGUGUUAAAUAAAUUAAGAUCAUUUUAAAA